UGGACGGCUGGACGGACACAGUAACAAACGGCUAACGUUAAUUGAAUGCCCGCUCUUUUAAUCGGACUUUAAUUCACAUUUAAAUCCACCAUGAAGCGUAAAACAUAUACGGCAUCAGUUUUGGGGCUGUGUGCGGUGAGCAAAAGUUUAAACUUUUUGUAAUUUGACCAUGGAAACUAAAAGGAAGCGGACAGCAGCGACAACAAGAAGUCAGUUGACAAACCGCUCUGUGAUAACGGAAGAAUGGACGAUGUGAAAACUGGCCCGAACCGGGACUGAAGCUCCUGCCCGGCUCUCCUCCGCCUACAUGUCGCCCUCCUCUCCAUGCCAGAUGCCUUCGCGAGGCGACAGCGGCUACAAGCCGGCACAGGUGUCCCCCGCUCCGCCUGUCCCACCGCGGAGGGUCAGGGGCUCCGGCCGGACGCGGCGGUCCGGGGCAGGGGCACCGUCAGCCGGGGCCGGGGCAUCGGAGAGGCGGGUGAAGUGUGUGCUGGUGGGGGACGGAGCUGUGGGGAAAACCAGCCUGGUGGUCAGCUACACCACCAAUGGCUAUCCCACCGAGUACGUCCCCACCGCGUUCGACAACUUCUCAGCGGUGGUAUCAGUGGAUGGGCAGCCAGUCAAACUACAACUCUGUGACACAGCUGGACAGGAUGAGUUUGACAAGCUGCGGCCUCUGUGCUACACCAGUGCAGAUGUUUUCCUGCUGUGCUUCAGCGUUGUCAGUCCCGCCUCCUUCCAGAACGUUCCUGAGAAGUGGGUUCCAGAGAUCCGGAAACACGCCCCCUUCGCUCCGCUUGUCCUCGUUGGGACGCAGUGUGACCUCCGAGAAGACGUCAAGGUUCUCAUUGACCUAGCUAAGUACCGGGAGCGACCUGUGGACCCAGCAGAUGCCCGGGACUGUGCGAUGGAGAUCGGGGCUAUGGCCUACAUGGAGUGCUCUUCCCUGACCCAAAAAAAUUUGAAAGAAGUGUUUGACACGGCCAUACUGGCCAGCCUGCAGAACUGCAGCUCUCACAAGCACCCGAGAGGGAAACAGAAACGACGUAAAAAGCAAAGGCAGACACCGGACAAGAUGAAGAGUCUGUCCAAGUCGUGGUGGAAAAGGUACUGCUGUGUGGCCUAGAGCAGACCUGCGUUGAGUCUGAGACUCUGACUCUGGGUUCUGCCUGGAUUUGCUUUCAGUUUGGGUUUCUCUCUAAUGGAGCCUGAUGUUGAGCAGGACCUCGACUGGACUGUGGCUGGGAACCAAAGUCUGAAGACUGUCACGGAUCUAAAAUGUUUUACUCUUUGAUUUUAUCCAAAGAGUGGUUUUAGUCUUAUCAUGGAUGAGAUUUACUGACGCUAACAAAACCUGCUCUGAAAACACAGCAGCCCUACAGUGAAUGUUUUCUAACCUGGUUUUAAUCUAAUCUGGGAGCAGCAGAAGACCCUCUCCAUGUCAAGGUGGAUGUAACAAUGUUGCCUGUUAUCAGACUGAUCCAGAUUUGAACAACAACAGUCUUGUGUGUGUUUAACACAAAAGCAAUAGUGUAAAGUCUGGUCUUCUUGUACUAACCUUCCCAACCAAGUGGUGGAUUUAUAUGGUUGUCAUGUAGACUAAGAGGCUCACUCAACUCACCUAAACUGCAUCUAAACGUCUUUUGUCCAACAUGUCUCCAACACUAAUGAUUAGAAACAACUGCUGGCUGAAACCAACUCAACAUUGUUGAUAUCUAUAUUUGAACAGAAGUCAUAUGUUUUUUCUGACACGAUUACUGGUGACGAUUCAAGUGAGAACUUAGUCAACGCAUCGAGUCCAUGGUUGAUUAUAGAGCUUCUUGUUAUAACUAGGAUCAUUGUUGCUCUAAUGAAAGACUUUAUUUAGCAGCUAAUCAUUUAUCCUGGUCACAUGCACAGUUCACUGUCAUGCUUGCGUGUAAACCUAAUCAGAAACCGGGAUCAUGGUUUUUAUUUUAGUCUCAAUCUGAACUAUUUAUGGAAUUAUGUCUGGCUUGGUUUUCAGUGUGGUUUUGUUCACUUCCUGUCGCUGUUUGGCCCAGAGUGAAGACAGACAGUGACAGUUUGGUGAGGCUCAGUCAUUAGGCUCAUGUUUUGAAAGAAGAACUAAUGUUGAUGUUUUUUUCCCUGCAUCGGUAAAAAAAAAACUGAAUAUCCUGACAUUUUGCUGUAAAAGCAAAUUGUAUCUUAUGAAGACACAACACUGUGUGUAGGAGUCAGGUUUCCAUUAAUGGCAGUAGUCCUUCAUGCUCAUCUUUCCUACACAACUUUGUUCUGUAUGGUAGCCAAGUGAGUUGUGUCGACCGACAGACAAAUACUAUAUUGGUUUCAGACAUUUGUACUGCUCAGUGUGUGUUUGAUUUAUCUUUCCAGACAUUUAAACAGCCUUACUGUAAUUGUGAGCACUUAACAGAAUUAGACCAACCAAGUGCUCUUUCCAUGUGUUAAAAAAAAAGGAUGCAGCUGCUUGAUUCUGUACGUUUGCAGCAAGAAAAAACUCAGAACAAACAAAAAGAGAUGGGGUUUAUUCUCAGCCCUUCAAUGCAAUUGUGUAUCUAAGACUGUGAAGUUUGAAUCAUUAUGUAUAUAUUAAUUGAAAUAUUUUCUUAUUAGUUAUGAACUAUAGUUUGAUUCGUAAUGUUACUGCUCUGCAUCUCUUCACCCAAAAUAUGCUUUAUUACAGUUGUAAUUAUUGAUCAUUUGUAUCAUUCUGCAUCCAUAAUGCUUUAAUAUGUUAUCCCUGGUAUGCUCUAUAUUAUGUUCUGCAGCCUCUUCAGUCUCCAAUAGAUGUUUUAUAUGUUGUAAAGCAGAAAUAAAAAGGCAAACUAAAACACAAAAUGUGUGGAUGUCAAACACUCAGCUGCCACACCUCCCUUUGUACAUUGUAGUGACUAAAACCAGAACAGAACCCCUUAAUUUACAACCAUUUCUCCACAGUGCCUUCAUCUGAAUGGCUCUUUGUUUUAAAGUCACUGCAGAAAAGGGAGAAAAGGGUGUGGAUCUGCCAUUAUUUAGAGCAUAUGCUCAACAUUAUCAUUAAUAUUGAUCAGACGUAAACUCAAAAAAGGAUUUUCACUCUUGCAUUUCUUAGCCCUGGGGCAGAGUAAACUAUGACCUAAAACCUUGUUUAAAAAACGGACAAGUUAAAGCUUUGUUUGACUUGUAACCCAAAGGUUAUCAGACAAGGUUAAAGGUCCAGGGAUAACAUCUUCACAGUGUGCACUAUUUAACUCUGUCAGUCUCACAACAACAUUUCAUUUAACAGUGAAUAUUCUGCUGCUUUUGCUCUAAACUAAACAACCAUUCUGUCCUGGAGCGGGUUUAAGUCAUUUUUGGGCUGUGAAUUUUUUUUCCCCUUAAGAGCUGAAUAGCAUCACAUUUUGUGGGGUUCAAAAUGACUUCUCUACUGGUGUGAAAAGAAGUGAGCUGUGGUGUGCACCAAAAAAUGCUUACAUCAUUAAUACAGUAGUUUCUGUUUAGUAAAUGCAAAUUGAGAAAGACAGAACAUGCACUUUGUUAAAUACUCUCUGCAGGCAGAUGGCAUUUUGUUUGUUUGAAAGGAUGUAGUUUAGGUUGUGUUUUAGCCACAUGCUACACAAGAAUGUCUGUAGAAACUAAGAUGUUACCUUAAAAAUGAAGCCUCACUCAUGCAUUUUGGUCUUAUUUGGGUUUAAUCGUGCCCCUAUCCUAUCCAAGUGGGUACACAACUUCAGCUUGAUAUCGGCUCCAAAACUGGUUCCUACAAGACUUCUCUGCCUUAUGUGACCCAAACGGGCCUGACGAGUUUCACACUAUUACAUGUAUGCACCGUGUUGUUCUCUAAGAGAGAACUUGAUCUAAAAUGUAUCUCAACUUAAAAUCCUGAUUUUGGGUCUGAGUGUAAAACUGAGAGAAUUGAAGACAGUGCAUUACUGGAGCUGUUUGGUCAUUUUCUGCUGAAGAUGUUACGGCUGCGACUGAAUGGGUUCACUGUGUCACGAUGUUAUACUCAUGAUAGCAAAUGCAUUGUUUCUUGGUUGGGGAAAAAGGCAUAAUAAGUUGCUUGUCUUGCUGUUGCAUGUGCAGUCUAGGCUAAUGGUGGAUUUAAGUAGGGUAAAGGUCACACAGACCCUUAUGAUAGCGUGCAUUUCCUCCGUCAGUUCUGAUCAGUUCUGAUCAGUUCUGAUCAGUUCUACAUAGUUACAUGUGUAAUUUAUCGAGAGCACAGAAAGUUUCUGCAGCAUGAUGUUAGAGUUGGCUCUGGCCUGCUUUUAUGCUGAGAAAAAAUAUAAACCUGUGUUAGAUUAUUCCUGAUUAAAUACAUUAUCAAAAACAGCAUGAAUAAAGAAAAACAAUAAUUUGCAUGUUUCUGACAAAAACUUGAGGUCUUUGUUUUGGUUCUCCUCUCUUUAUCCAGCCUGUAACUCCUGCUAAAAUGAGCUCCUGCUGUAAUCCUUUGAAAUUAGUCCAUGCCGUCCACCCUGGCCACACAUUAUAUGUGUCAAAACAUAGUUUAAAGGUAAACUACUAUGCUCAUUUUCAGGAUCAUAGUUUUUAGGUUUACAAGAUUACAUUUUCAAGAAACACAAUUGUCUCAUACUGUCUACAGUCUCUGAAUUAUC